AUGGCAGAAACUACUCUCAGAGAGACUCUGGGGUUAAUAGCGCGAGUGAUCUGGGAGUCAGGACUCAGUGACAGAGCCUCCAUCUGGGAACUGGUAGUGCUCACUGCACAAGACCAACUCGUAGCCAUUAAAGAAGCGCCCCAACUGGAAGUUGCGACGUCAGGCAAAACUGAUCACCCGCUCACGGAGCAUCCGUUGGCGGAUCACACCGCAGACCACACGGUCCCCGAAUACGCGGUUGCGGAUCCCGCGGUUGCGGGCCACGCGGUUGCGGAUGAAGACAGGAAGGAACAGCCCGCGGUCCCCCUCCAAGACGGGGACCACUCGGUGGCAGACGACACGGGAACUAACCAAGGGUUGGAGGGAGUAACCGAUGGCCGAACACGGGAGGCCCAGGAGGACCCGGUCCCCCACAACCGUACAAGGGAACCCACGGGAAUGAACUUAGUAGAAAGAGCUCCCGACCUAGAGAGAGGUCCGAACGGUUUGGAGUCCGCACCAGAUGACUUGAAGCGUGCUUCGGGUAUUGUUUUCAGUGGAGUGGACAGCCAACUGAAGUCAGGCGUGACGGAGGGUGGUGUGUGUGAGACAGGUGUUUGCUCGACUGCCAAUCAUACAGUAAGAGUUGGAAGCCAUCAAUCGGGUCCCAAUAAGGGGGCAGUAAUUCAGUUUGCUGCAAUGGGCAGUAACGAAAGUUUUGUUCUAUACUCGUUGAUGAAGAGGUACUUUUUGAUGACGUGCAAUGACUUGUUCAACGCAGCGGAAUGCCACAAACGAGCUCCCUGGUCCAUGGGACCCUACAUCAAUGAAUGCCGGGAUAAGGCACUAAGGCGCUGUUAUAAUAUUCGGAAGAUGGUUGAUGAUUUAAGUUGUCCAAUCACAGCGAAAGCUCGUUGUGAUGACUCUAGCUCUACGGCAGCUGAAGAGAGCGACUACAGUGAUAGCGGCUUGAUUCUACCCGAUCGGACGCGUAUGAGAAUGGGUCCGAGAACUCCUGUCCGAGCGGAAGACGUGGACUUUGCGCCACUGCCGUCAUACUCUAAGACACCCGAAGAGAUAGCUGUUAUUUCGGCUACUUUAGACGCUGGUACCAGCUUCGUCUUCGAGGCUAUUCGGGAUCAGGAAGACCGGAAAAAGAAGUUGGUGGAUGCACUGAAACCCGUUACAAUUCCAGCCGGAAGCUUCGCCAUUCGGAAUGGGGAUACUGGUGAUGGUAUGUACUUCAUUGGGGUCGGAAAAUUCAGCGUGCUAAGGGGGGACCAGGAAAUCAAGCAGUUGGGACCUGGAGACAUCUUCGGCGAACUCGCUGUCCUGCAUCAGUCCACAAGAACUUAUUCAUGCAAGGCCCUAGAAGACUCCACCGUUUACUUCUUACAUCGUUCCAGCUAUAUCGCAUUGAUCAGAAGUAACCAGUGA